AAUAUUGUCGAAAUGACCCAGUUGUUCAGAAUUGGUUUUGGACUGAUGACCUUUAUUUGACAUGUCAUUCAUAAAAUCCGUUUUGUUUACAGGUGUCGCCACUUGCAAAAAUGUGAUCACAUGCCCAUUUACGUCACAGAGAAAAACAUUGCUAAUGUUAUUCAGGGACAAAUAAUGUUGGAAUUUGGAUAUGUUUUAUCGAAAAUACGACCAUUGGUUGUUUAUUAUGAAAGUAUACAUUGUAAAUUGUGAUUGACAAAUAAUAUAGUUUUGAAAUAUCAUUAUUUAAUUGUGAAAUCAUGUCGUCAACUUGGAUUAAUUCGCGACAAAUUUAUUCAUAUCAUUUUAUUGCCAAACCAAAAUGGAGGCCAUGUUGUUUGUGUAUUGUAACAGUGUUGUUUAGUCUGGCUUUUAGUCCAGCCUCUGCCACGAGUUCAUCAGAUUCAACAGUAAAUGAAUAUUUUACAGCUAAUGUAAACAUGACAUAUUUCAGUCACAAAGAAGAAAAAUGUGUUUCUGAGUCGAAGCAGAUGGGCCAUUACGUCAAGUAUGGAAAACUAGGACCAGAAACGGCAAAAGUUAUCCACGUUAUGACGAAGAAAAAUAAAUCUGAUGGCUGCACAGACCUGGUCAAUGCACCUGUCAAUGAAAAAUGGAUAGCUUUAAUCGAAAGGGGAGAUUGCAAAUUUAGUGAAAAGUUAAAAAUAGCACAGAAAUACAAUGCAUGUGCAGUUGUUUUCUACAAUAAUGAAACAACAAAGAAUACGAAAACACUUUAUCCGAAUAUUCAGAAGUCUAUAGAGAUCAUUCAGCUGUCGACAGAACCUUCAGAAAAUGAUAACGUCGUCACAAUAUUCAUCAGUCAGACAGACGGAAAAAAUAUCGUCUCUAAAAUAGAAGCAUUUCCAGGUCGUGAUGUGAAACUAGCUAUUACUGUAGGACCUAGGACCCACGAUUCCACCAACAAGCAUUCGAUAGAGUCAACCAAUAAUAUCAGUAGGACUUCUGUGUUAUUUGUGUCCAUCUCGUUCAUUGUGUUGAUGAUUAUCUCCCUUGCAUGGCUUGUUUUCUACUACAUCCAGAGAUUUAGAUAUGCCCAUGCCAAGGAAAGGUUAACGAGAAGAUUAGCCAGUGCAGCUAAGAAGGCCAUUGCAAAGAUUCCACAGAGAACGGUCAAGAUUGGAGACAAGGAAUUAGAAUCAGAAUUUGAUCAGUGUGCAGUUUGUAUAGAGGGUUAUAAAGCAUCAGAUGUCAUCAGAAUACUACCUUGCAAACACAUAUUUCACAAGUCAUGCGUUGACCCCUGGUUAUUGGACCAGAGAAGCUGCCCAAUGUGUAAGCUAGACAUCCUUAGAGAGUAUGGCAUGCAAGUUCAUUUAAAUAGUAGUCAAGAGACUGUACAUGCUGAAGCAGAGAGUGGCGCUACAGCCUCUGCCAUCGGGGACGACACCGAACAUUUAUCGUCUCCAGAGGAACACAGUCGGGCAGAAGCUAUUGUUCUAAUUAGACAUCAGCCUAGUUUCCAAUACCAUGGCUCGGACACAUUCUGUGCAGAGACUUCACCGCAUACCACGAAUAUUAUGGCUCAUAUAGAGCUGGAGGAUGAAGACAAUAACUUAAGUGACAACGAAUGCAAUGAAUUACACUCAUUAAUGACAGGUUUGCCCCGAAAAGACAGUGGUGCCUCCACAGACAAAGGAGAUGUCUAGUGUCGGCUCAAAGAAGCUGUUUUUAUUUGUGCAUUUUCAAAUGGAGAUUAAACUUUUUCUUUAAGGACUUUAAAGGUCUUUUUUUUAAAAGAAAUUUUUCACAAAUUUAUUGUGGAAAUUUAGAUUAUUUUCAUUAAGUUGUAGAAACGAAAUCUGCAGACACUUGAUGAAACUGUGUUGUUAUUACUUUGAACAAAAGUCCGAUCAUUUUACUUUGUUACCUCCUAAAUGAGUCCUUUUCCAUGUUCAAUAUGACCUGCAUUUACAUGACAGGAAUUCAUGCAGAUGUCAUCUUAUUUACAUCUAUACAUGAGAAAGUUAUUCAACACGUAAGCUCCAUUUGUUGUAUCUUGUCACCAUUCACAGACACUGAUUUGAAAAAAGUGUGAAAUUCCAGUUCAAAGCAUAAUUUGAAAGGGGAGAUAACUCAUAUCCCAAAGAGGAGACAACCCAGUAGCUGUCAUAGAAAGAUAGUUGCAUAUUUCACAAAUUCUCAUUACUCCUAGUCUUAUUUGUUAUUGAAGUUGUUAAAUUGUUGUUUAUAUGUAUGAAAGAUAUUGUAAAUGUAAGUAAAGUGCUUCAUAGUAUUAUAUUGUGUAAAAAUGUAUCCCAUUAUUUAUAUUGUUUCUUGCAUUUGUAAAAUAGUGUUUGUCAAUUUUCAAAUCUGCAUUCAGCAGUCUUUUUUUUGUGAUUUUCAUUCCAUUGAUGAGUGGCAGGACCUUUGAUUCCAUCUUGAUCUUUUGUCACAUGAUCUGAACAAUCAGAGUCAUUUAAGUCACAUGACCUCACUUCAAGUCUUUUAUUAGAAUUUUGUCACAUGUCUC